CCUAAACUGCUCAACAACAGGUUUAUGUGUUGUCCAAAAACGACUUGUAUUAGUAUAAAAAGUGGCCGAGGAUUUAUCAUUGAAUUAGUGAAGUGUAUGCUGAGCUAACAGUCGCUUCUAGAGGCAUAAAAAAAAUAAGGAUGAAGACGAUUGUUGUUUGUUUGUUUGCAUUAUUCGCCGUAGUUUUGGCUAAACCCAAAGAAUUUUACACUGACCGGUGGGACAGUGUUGAUAUUGAUUCGAUUCUUGCAAACCGUCGGUUGCUUAACCCCUACAUUUCAUGUAUUCUUGAAGAGGGAAAAUGUACCCCCGAAGGAAAGGAACUUAAAUCUCACAUCAGAGACGCGAUGCAGACUGACUGUGCGAAAUGCACUCCUGUCCAGAAAGCAGCGACUGAGCGCGUCAUCGCGCAUCUCUUGAAACACGAACACGAAUCCUGGAACAAACUGACAGCGAAAUAUGACCCUACUGGCGCAUACACGAAGGCUCACCAUGAUCAACUGAAAAGCCUUGCCGCUUAAAUUUUAGGAAUACAAUUUUCUGACUCUUAUAUGAAGGCAAAUUCAAUUCUUCAUUAUCUUUCAAUUGUAUCUAGUUAUGCCUAUGCCAUAAGUAAUAAAAACAGUAUACUAUAAUUGCAAUUAUGGUUACAAGUUGCCAGUUGCAAGUUAGUUUUAGUGAUUUGCAAUACCUAAUAUUCAACUUUUGAUUAAUUUAGACUAUUUUUAAUACAUUUAAGUGUAACUGCGUAAUAUUGUGAUAUAGCUAUAACCCACCGGCAUUUACUUAUGGUUUGAUUCUUUCUCCAUAUUUUUUUUUUUACAAUCUGACCAAUGUUUAAAGGAAUAACUUGAUUUUAAUUAUGUUCUGUAUUUAAAGAUCGUAUUAGAGAUUAGGCAAGAUAGGGAUUUGUUCCUCCGUAAUAGCAAAUUGUUUUUUUUUUGAGUCGAUGCAACAGCCUCCUUGGUGUCUACCCUUUGCUGCUGUAGACGAUGAAGAUUGCAUCAUGGCUCUGCAUUUAGAAUUCGUAGUUAUUUGAUGAACAAUAUGUGAACUUUGAAAUAAAAAAUUCGAUAACAAAAUAUUUUUCUUAGGAAACUGUGCGUCUCAAGUGUUAUUUUUUUAUUUUGUGUAUUUAAUUUGCACAUUUAAAAAUCUGUAAAAAAAUAACGUUAUAUUCAAAAUGUGAAUUUAAUGCAAAGGCUUGUGAUAUUGUAUCUAUAAUAAUAAAUUAUUAUUUUCUGA